UUCCUCUCAUCCUUUCGUAAACCCUUGUACAUACACGAAGAAAAAGGACACUGCAUCCGGACCCUAAUUGGAAGCCUUUCAGUUGCACAGCACCUUGUCCCAAAACCCUUUUUGGCGGUUAAGCGUGUUCUGAGUAGCACUGACUGGGACGCAACGAUCAUGUCCGAGCACGAGUACAAAUUUGAGGUCGUCAUGACCUGCUCUGGCUGCUCGGGGGCGGUCACGAGGGUAUUGUCGAAGCUUGAAGGGGUCUCCUCAUUUGACGUCUCGCUUGAGAAACAAUCUGUGGUUGUCAAAGGCACAGCACCAUACGAGACGGUCCUAGAAAAGAUCAAGAAGACCGGCAAAGAGGUCAAGCAUGGCGAGAUCAUCGCAUAAGCUCAAGGUCUUCGUCUCGAAGCCUCCACCCAUUACGGAUGGUUGCCCGUCGAUGCUCCGGUGUCUUUCAUCAUUGUCUUCGCCGUAGCUUGUAUUCGUAGAUGGCAAACUGCGAGCGGUGCAGCCCCGAGAUCGGUGACGUGGCGGCAGCGAUGGAUUCAGGACUCGCAAGGGCCCAAAGCGAACUGAAUCCUUCCCCCUACUGCUACUGCUUACGCCGCCGUCCGGUCCUGCAGCAAGCGACGGUCUUCACAAUAGGCUGCCUCUACAUAGUUCCUAUUCAAUUCAUUUGAGACCAGG